UUGUGUGAAGAAGAAGAGGAGGAGGAAGAACGUCUCUUCAAAUCCUCGGUGUGAAACGCAUUGCCAGGCUGUGGCUACGUGCUCCCAAAGCGACGGCGCAAUGGAGAUUCUCUUUCACACAAAUGCAAAGAAGGAGCUUUUCUGCGCGCUCCGUGCCGCGCUCCUCCUCGUCGUCCUCUCCACAGUCACAUCUGCAGAGGAAGACGCUCAUGUGAAAAACUCCCAGUGUCACAACUACGCGGGAGGACACGUCUAUCCUGGGGAGGCUUUCCGGGUGCCUGUGUCUGACCAUUCCCUGCACCUCAGCAAAGCCAAGAUUUCAAAGCCUGCACCGCACUGGGAGGGAACAGCCGUUAUUAACGGUGAAUUCAAGGAGCUGAAGCUGUCAGACUACAAAGGCAAAUAUCUUGUCUUUUUCUUCUAUCCCCUGGACUUCACAUUUGUCUGCCCCACUGAGAUCAUUGCAUUCAGCGAUCGUGUGCAUGAGUUUCGUGCCAUCAACACAGAGGUGGUUGCCUGCUCCGUCGACUCCCAGUUCACCCACCUGGCCUGGAUCAACACACCCAGGAAGCAGGGUGGACUUGGACAAAUGAAAAUCCCUCUGUUGUCAGAUGUCACUCACCAGAUUUCAAAAAACUAUGGCGUCUACCUGGAGGACCAAGGACACACACUGAGGGGACUUUUCAUCAUCGACAACAAGGGCAUCCUGAGACAGAUCACCAUGAACGAUCUUCCUGUGGGAAGAUCUGUGGAUGAGACCCUGCGGCUGGUGCAGGCCUUCCAGUACACCGACAAACACGGAGAAGUAUGUCCAGCAGGGUGGAAACCAGGCAGCGCCACAAUCAUUCCAGACCCUUCAGGCAAGCUGAAGUAUUUUGAUAAACUGAACUGAUCUUCGUUUCUUCCGCCCCAGUCUGUGAAAUCCAACACUUAACGAAAGAACAAAUAAAAUAUGUUUUCCUAAAA